GGCUGCCAUUUGUUUGUCAGCGCGUGAAAAAUCAAACUGGCAUCGCGUCACAGCGUUCUCGUAUUGUAAAAUUUUCUUGAAAACAAAGUUUUAUUGGGUGCAUUGGCACACAACAAGCAACCAAAUAGUAAAUAUAAAAUUAUGAAGACUAGUUUAACCGAAAAAUGGAUUGUUUGCCGGGUUUGUCUGAAGCAGCCGGAUGAAGCGAUGAUGACUAUAUUCGAUAAGGAGGAUGAAAAAGAUAUGACGCACAUGAUUUUGGAGUGUGGAGGUGUACCAAUAAAACGUUUCGAUCAUUACCCGGAUAAAAUAUGCAGCAGAUGUCUAAAAUAUUUACGCGUGGCGUACAAGUUUCGCGUUACUUGCCAGCGCUCACAUAAACACCUUAGUAGAUUCAUAGCGCCUGCUGUGGUGGAAACUCACAUAGAGGACGAAGUACAAGACUAUGUACCUAUUGAAGGCGAUGAAGUGGAGGAGAUUGCUUUGAAAGUGGAACCAGAUACCGACAUCAAACAAGAGUUCUCCGAUUCAGAGGGGGUAGAAGUUUUAGACAUAUACGUUCCAAUCGAUGAGGAUGCAGAGGAGUUUGAGGAAUUCGAUACAAUUGAUCGGUCAGCCUCAACCAUAUUCGAAGGAGCUGAGUAUCUUGAAGAGACUGAGGAAUUCAAAUAUUCGGAUGAUGAUGAAGAGUACACACCAGCUAAAGAAGAAAUGCCGAAGCGUGGUAGAGGAAGACCUCCAAAGAAUUUAAGAAAAAAUGCAGCAUCAACAUCAAAACAGUCAGAAAAUCGACAAUCGGCAGGAAUAAAAAAAGAGAAAAGUUCACCCGUAAAGCGUGGGCCCAAACCAAAAAAGGUCAAACCUACAUCGUAUAUUUGCGAUAUUUGCGGCAACAUCUACCCCUCACAAGGCCGCCUGACCGAGCACAUAAAGUUACAUAAGGGCAUAAAACCACACGAGUGCGAAAUUUGUGGGCAUUGUUUCGCACAGACACAACAAUUGACGCGUCAUAUGAAUACCCACACUGGAAAUCGGCCCUACAAGUGCAGCUAUUGUCCAGCAGCGUUUGCUGAUCUCUCCACUCGUAAUAAACACCAUCGUAUUCAUACCAAUGAACGACCAUACGUGUGCGAUGUUUGCGGAAAAUCAUUUACGUAUACAAACACGCUUAAAUUCCAUAAGAUGAUACACACGGGCGAGAAACCGCAUGUUUGUGAUAUUUGUGGCAAAGGUUUUCAGCAGGCCUAUAAGUUGCGCAACCACAAAAUGACUCACGAACGCAAAGGUGUGGGCAUCAAAAUGGAACCAAUCGAAGUGGAAGCAUUGGAAAAUUUUCAGGAAGUAAAUACUGCGCCAACGCAGGUUUUAGAAAUUUAAUAGUUUCGCUAAAUAGGGAGUGUAACUUAUUCACAAUGAUUUUUCUUAAGUAUUCCACAAUACUAUUACGUUCAUGCAAAGAGUCAUUAGAAGCCAAGGAAAUGGAAAAGUUACAUUUAAAUCAAUUAAACUUAAAUAAAUUUUA